AUGAGUUCAGAGUUAGGUCCAAGGAAAAGGAGAAAGUUGGCAGACAGAACUAACCUUCCAUUGGCAACACCUCCAACUACCCCACUGAAAAACAAAGUGAUUGAUCUUUCAAGUCAAUUGAAAAGGAAUAAUGGCGUUAAGAAACUACAAUUCGACACUCCACCUACAACACCCACAAAGCCAAAAAGAGCCUCUUAUUAUUCUGGUGCAAAAGCACUUUUUCAAAAGAAUGCCGAUGUGAAGUCAAUGGGCUCGAAGUUAGUUGGAAGAGAAGACGAGGCGGAAAAAUUUGUCACAUUCAUGACUCAAUGUAUUUCUGAGUUAUCUUCUAAUAGCUUGUACAUAUCAGGACCACCUGGGACGGGCAAAAGUGCCCAGGUUAGUAUUUCUCUCAAUCAUUUGAUGUCCGAAGUAGGACAGCCGUUAGAUGGGAGAACCUCUUCUUUUACUAAUAAGACUGUGAGAUUAAUCAAAGUAAAUUGUAUGUCUAUUGGCCAUCCUGAUUCGAUAUUCCAUGAAAUAUAUUGUGAAGCAAGCAAGGAAAACAAUUUUUCCCACAAUAAAAGAAAAACAUCUGACGAUUUAUACAACUUGUUACUACAAGAGUCUAAGAUUCAAAGCAUAGUUGUCAUUUUGGAUGAGAUGGAUUGUCUCAUCACGAAAGAUCAACAGGUUUUAUACCAGUUGUUCAAUUUUGCAUCUCCUAAAAACUCUAAAGCCUUGAAAACGAAACUCAUUUUAGUGGGUAUUUCUAAUGCAUUAGACUUAACAGAUAAAUUUUUACCAAGGUUAAAGAGAAAUGGUCUCAGUCCUCAAACGAUUCAGUUUUUACCUUACACCUCGGAAAAAAUCAGAAAUAUCAUAAUCAACAAGCUCAACUUGUUGAUAGAAUCUGAAAAAGAAAACUUAGGUACGCUCCCACUUUUUCAUCCUGCAGCUAUACUGCUCUGUUGUAAGAAGUCUGCAAGUGUCACUGGUGAUCUUAGAAAGGCGCUAGAUAUCUGUUAUAAAAGUAUUGAAUUGGUUGAAAUGGAGUUUCGAAGAUCCCAAAAAGAGCUGUCGCAGUCGCCUAUUAACACUUAUCCCAGAGUUCUAAUUUCACAUGUUGCGAAGGUGUGUUCUGCAUCCUUUGGCGAUAAUUCAUCGACUAAAUUGAAGAAUCACAACUUGUUGCAGAAAGCAGUUUUAUGCUGUCUCUUCAAUUAUUACAGCAACAACAUUUUUAUUUCGAAAGAUAUUACAGUAAAUGCCUUCUUCGACUACUACAACAAGCACAUACUGCAGAACAUCAACAACUUACUAUCACAAUUGAACAAGGGAGAAUUUCUUGAGAUAAUUUCCGCAUUGGAAUCCUCUUCUGUGAUAUCCUUGACUAGUCUGAGGUUAAGUUCGUCCCCCGAUAGUGGUAGUAGAAUCAUCAAGCCUAAUGUUCCAUAUGAUGAAUUGAAUAAAUCGAUAUCAGAUGUUGGUGUUCUUCAGAGAAUCUUGCAUUCUAACAGUAACUAG